AUGGCCGCCGCCGCCACCACCAUUGAGAUAUUUGGAGUAAAGAUUGAAAAGAACCCUCCUCAGUCAAAGCUUGAUGAGCUUGGAGUUUCAACCUGGAAAAAGUGGGGCUGUAAGCCAAGCAAAUUUCCAUGGACAUUCGAAGCCACAGAGACAAUGUAUCUCCUAGAGGGUGAAGUGAAGGUUUCUGUUGAUGGGUAUGAAGGAUCUUUUGAAAUUAGGGCAGGUGAUCUUGUUGUGUUCCCUAAAGGAAUGAAAAUCACUUGGGAUGUCCUUGAAGCUGUAAGCAAGCACUAUAGCUUGGAAAAGUAA